AUGCCCGGAGUAAAUUGCAACGGCUGUGGUCGCUUCAUGGUGCCGGCAGAGGGAUCUAGGUUUGGCCAGAAUGCACUUGAGCAGCAGCGGGCGAUUACUACACAAUCAUCGGUGGAGGGGAUCGUGGAAGAGUUAAGGAGGGAACUGAACGACCGGGAUCGGGACCUUCUGGGGAAUGAUAUUGAGAUCACUAAUAUCCCUGAAGGUCCAGCUGAUAACCCGGUUCACAUUACCAAGGUCAUAGGCCUCAAGUUGGGAAUUGAGCUGGGCGAGCGGGACAUCGUCAGUGCGGAGCGAGUGGGAGGUAGGCAGCUCAACGCCACAAGCUCUGCCGGUCCGGUAGUGGCGCGGCCGCGCGCCAUUGUUGUGCGCCUGGCGCGACGCGACCUGCGCGACGAACUGCUGGCGAGCGCGCGCGUUCGCCGUGGCGCGACGACCGCUGACCUCGACAUGUCUGGCCCGCCGCAGCGCUUCUUCCUUAACGAACGCCUCACAAAGACCAAUCGUCGGUUGUUUCGGAUGGCGCGAGAUGCCGUUAGCGUCUCCAAUUGGAGAUUUGUUUGGACCAAGCGAGGCCGCAUACUGGCUAGGAAGGGCCCACGCGACUCCACGCAUAGAAUCCGCACUGACGAGAACAUCGAUAGGAUUUUUGGACCUGUCAAUCAAACAGCUUAA